CUUCCCCACUCGCCCCUUAUCCCCCGACUGUCGCCUGUCUUCUCCUCGACUUCGAAUUAGGGUUAGGGUUUUAGAACCCUUUUCCUCGUCGAAUUCCUCCUGCUUGGGGUUCCCCACGUCGCAAAAAUGGCGUCUUCGUCCGCUCAGAUCCACGUCCUUGGCUCCGCCGCGGCGCUCCCCUCCUCCCGGAAGCCCUCCGCCCGAAUCUCCUCCUCAAAAUCUCUCUUUUUCGGCAACCGCCACUCGAACGGCAUCAAUGGGGCUUUUCUCAGUAUAAGAAGGGGAGCCGGCAGGGGGAACCGGGGCUACGGGGGUCCACUCCGGGUGGUGAGUGAGAAGGUGGUGGGGAUCGACCUGGGGACCACCAACUCGGCGGUGGCGGCCAUGGAGGGCGGGAAGCCGACGAUCGUGACCAACGCCGAGGGGCAGCGGACCACGCCGUCCGUCGUGGCGUAUACGAAGAACGGUGACCGGUUGGUGGGACAGAUUGCGAAGCGGCAGGCCGUGGUGAAUCCUGAGAAUACCUUCUUCUCGGUGAAGCGGUUUAUUGGGAGGAAGAUGUCUGAGGUCGAUGAGGAGUCGAAGCAGGUCUCGUAUCGUGUCGUGAAGGAUGAGAAUGGAAAUGUCAAGCUCGAGUGCCCGGCCAUCGGGAAGCAAUUUGCUGCUGAGGAGAUCUCUGCUCAGGUUUUAAGGAAGCUCGUUGAUGAUGCAUCUAAGUUUUUAAAUGACAAGGUUACAAAAGCAGUAGUCACAGUGCCUGCAUACUUCAAUGACUCUCAAAGGACAGCAACAAAAGAUGCUGGUCGCAUUGCUGGUUUGGAUGUUCUUCGUAUUAUCAAUGAACCCACAGCUGCAUCAUUGGCAUAUGGUUUUGAGAAGAAGAACAAUGAAACAAUUCUAGUGUUUGACUUGGGAGGUGGUACUUUUGAUGUUUCAGUUCUUGAGGUUGGAGAUGGUGUGUUUGAGGUGCUCUCUACAUCUGGAGACACACAUCUUGGUGGUGAUGACUUUGACAAGAGGGUUGUUGAUUGGCUUGCUGGUAACUUUAAGAGAGAUGAAGGCAUUGAUCUUUUGAAAGACAAACAAGCUCUUCAGCGACUAACUGAGACAGCGGAGAAGGCUAAGAUGGAACUAUCAUCCUUGACGCAAACAAACAUUAGUCUGCCAUUCAUUACUGCAACUGCUGAUGGCCCCAAGCAUAUUGAGACAACCAUUACAAGGGCUAAAUUUGAGGAAUUGUGUUCUGACCUUCUUGACAGACUUAGAACUCCGGUAGAUAAUGCCUUAAAAGAUGCAAAACUUUCAUUCAAGGAUAUCGAUGAGGUGAUACUUGUGGGUGGAUCAACCCGUAUUCCAGCUGUUCAGGAACUUGUUAAGAAGAUGACAGGAAAGGAGCCAAAUGUUACAGUCAACCCUGAUGAAGUUGUUGCCUUAGGGGCUGCUGUUCAGGCUGGUGUUUUGGCUGGAGAUGUCAGUGACAUUGUUCUUCUGGAUGUUACACCACUAUCUCUUGGUCUGGAGACUCUGGGUGGAGUGAUGACAAAGAUCAUCCCAAGGAACACCACAUUGCCCACCUCCAAAUCGGAGGUCUUCUCUACUGCUGCAGAUGGGCAGACAAGUGUUGAGAUAAAUGUUCUUCAGGGUGAAAGAGAGUUUGUGAGGGACAACAAAUCACUAGGAAGCUUCCGUCUUGAUGGAAUUCCCCCAGCCCCACGGGGAGUCCCGCAAAUUGAAGUCAAGUUUGAUAUUGAUGCCAAUGGUAUUCUCUCAGUUACUGCUGUAGACAAAGGCACUGGGAAGAAGCAAGACAUCACGAUAACUGGCGCUAGCACAUUGCCUGGUGAUGAGGUGGAUAGAAUGGUGAAGGAAGCUGAGAGGUACGCCAAGGAGGACAAGGAGAAGAGGGAUGCCAUUGACACCAAGAACCAGUCGGAGUCAGUGGUGUACCAGACUGAGAAGCAAUUGAAGGAGCUGGGAGACAAAGUUCCAGCUGCUGUCAAAGAAAAGGUGGAGGCAAAGCUUAAGGAGCUUAAAGAUGCCAUCGCAGGAGGAUCUACCCAGAGCAUGAAAGAUGCCAUGGCUGCCCUCAACCAGGAGGUGAUGCAGCUUGGGCAGUCGCUCUACAACCAGCCUGGAGCUGCUGGGGCCGGUCCAGCUCCUGGGGCUGAUGCUGGGUCUGCAGGCUCCACUGGCAAGGGACCAGAUGAUGGUGGGGAUGUGAUUGAUGCAGAUUUCACCGAUAGCAAGUGAAGAUGGAUCAUUGGGUAGCUAAAACAUCUUAGGCAACCAGGACUGAAUUUUUUUACACAAUUUGUAUAGGAUAUGGGCGUGGUGAGUUUAGAUUAUUCUGGCAUCGCCUCGAUCUGUUGUGGAAUUUUGAAAUGAGAAAUAUUCACAGGAAGGCUAGAUUUUUCAAGAUGACUUGCUGGAAUUGGUUGUGGACUGGGAAAAGUUGAAAAAUAUUUUUCAGCCAAGCCUUAUCUUACUUGUGGAAUCUGCAUUUUUAUUGAAGAUAAAUCACUUGAAUAAUAUGUGCACGAAAGUUUAUAUGCUCCUA